GUAGAGCCCUUUGCGAGUUUCGUUAAAAUCAUGAUGGUCUCUCCCUAAUAAUGUACAAUGCUGAAUGUGCACCUUUUGUAUACGUUUUCAGGGAGUUCACACACACCCCCCAUCAGCCCAUCCAUGGACUCAUUUUAAUUUUCCAGCCAUCCCCUGAGGAGUCUCGCCGUGCGGCUUGUGGGAUCUCAGUUCCCCUACCAGUGGAUGAACCCCAGGCCAUGGUGUGAAAGCGCUGGGUCCUAACCACUGGACAACCGGGGAACUCCCAGUGUAAUUUUUCUUGAUGAUUCAAAAGAAACUUGAGGAUCUUAUGGUACUUAAGGAUAAUUGAACAUCCUUUUGCAAACUGAAUUUUCCUGUGUUGGAACGCUUCAUCCUCUGUAUGACUUUGGCUUUUAAGAUCCUCUUCCCACCAACUCUCCGUGUACUCGGCCAAAAAGAACUGUGCCUAUUCCGAGAACAACAUCACUGGCCUGGCAUAAGACAGUUCAGCCAGUGGUCAGAAACAGUUCUUCGUGGACACCGCCUCCUCCAGAGAAGAAAGCCUGUUCUGUCAUUCCAGGAAAACAAUCUAAGACCACGUGCCACCUGCCUUGUUUUUUUGCCAGGGUCGCAUGUGGGACUCUGCAGCCGCUCCUGUGAGAUGGCAGAGCAACGGUUCUGUGUGGACUAUGCCAAGCGUGGCACAGCCGGCUGUAAAAAAUGCAAGGAAAAAAUUGUAAAGGGUGUAUGCCGAAUCGGCAAAGUGGUGCCCAAUCCCUUUUCAGAGUCAGGGGGCGAUAUGAAAGAGUGGUACCACAUUAAAUGCAUGUUUGAGAAACUGGAGCGGGCCCGGGCCACCACAAAAAAAAUCGAGGACCUCACAGAGCUGGAAGGCUGGGAAGAGCUGGAAGAUAACGAGAAAGAACAGAUAAGCCAGCACAUUGCAGAUCUGUCUUCCAAGGCAGCAAGCACGCCAAAGAAGAAAGCUGUUGUCCAGGCUAAGUUGACAGCCACCGGCCAGGUGACAUCUCCAGUGAAAGGUGCUUCACACGUCACUAAUAACAAUCCCCGGAAAUUCUCUGGCUUUUCAGCCAAGCCCAACAACUCUGGGGAAGCCCGCUCAAGCCCUACCCCUAAGACAAGUCUGUCCUCAAGCAAAUGUGACCCUAAGCACAAGGAUUGUCUGCUACGCGAGUUUCGGAAGUUGUGUGCCAUGGUGGCUGAAAAUCCCAGCUACAACACGAAAACCCAGAUCAUCCAGGACUUUCUUCACAAGGGCUCGGCAGGAGAUGGUUUCCGCGGUGACGUGUACCUAACGGUGAAGCUGCUGCUGCCGGGUGUUAUUAAGAGUGUUUACAACUUGAAUGAUAAGCAGAUUGUGAAGCUUUUCAGCCGCAUUUUUAACUGCAAUUCAGAUGAUAUGGCACGAGACCUAGAGCAGGGUGAUGUGUCAGAGACAAUCAGAGUCUUCUUCGAGCAGAGCAAGUCUUUCCCCCCAGCUGCGAAGAGCCUCCUUACCAUCCAGGAGGUGGAUGAGUUCCUCCUGCGGCUCUCCAAGCUCACCAAGGAGGACGAGCAGCAACAGGCCCUGCAGGACAUUGCCGCCAGGUGCACAGCCAAUGACCUUAAGUGCAUCAUCAGGCUGAUCAAACAUGAUCUGAAGAUGAACUCGGGUGCAAAACAUGUGCUAGAUGCCCUAGACCCCAAUGCCUAUGAAGCCUUCAAAGCCUCGCGCAACCUGCAGGAUGUCGUGGAGCGGGUCCUGCGCAACGAGCAGGAGGUGGAGGAGGAGCCAGGCCAGAGACGAGCUCUGAGGGUGCAGGCUGCACUGAUGACCCCGGUGCAGCCCAUGCUGGCUGAGGCCUGCAAGUCCAUCGAGUAUGCAAUGAAGAAGUGUCCAAAUGGCAUGUUUUCUGAGAUCAAGUACGAUGGGGAGCGAGUCCAGGUGCAUAAGAACGGGGACCACUUCAGCUACUUCAGCCGCAGUCUCAAGCCCGUCCUGCCGCACAAGGUGGCCCACUUUAAAGACUACAUCCCCCAGGCUUUCCCUGGGGGCCACAGCAUGAUCUUGGACUCUGAGGUGCUCCUGAUCGACAGCAAGACAGGCAAACCAUUGCCCUUUGGGACUCUGGGAGUGCACAAGAAAGCUGCCUUCCAGGAUGCUAAUGUUUGCCUGUUUGUUUUUGAUUGUAUCUACUUCAAUGAUGUCAGCUUGAUGGAUAGGCCUCUGUGUGAGCGGCGGAAGUUUCUUCACGAUAACAUGGUUGAAAUUCCCAACCGGAUCAUGUUCUCAGAAAUGAAGCAAGUCUCAAAAGCUUCUGACUUGGUCGACAUGAUCAACCGGGUGAUCCGAGAGGGGUUGGAAGGGCUGGUGCUGAAGGAUGUGAAGGGCACAUAUGAGCCUGGAAAGCGUCAUUGGCUGAAAGUGAAGAAGGACUAUUUGAACGAGGGGGCCAUGGCUGACACAGCUGACCUGGUGGUGCUUGGGGCCUUCUAUGGGCAAGGGAGCAAAGGUGGCAUGAUGUCCAUCUUCCUCAUGGGCUGCUAUGACCCGAGCAGCCAGAAGUGGUGCACAGUCACCAAGUGUGCAGGUGGCCACGAUGAUGCAACACUCGCCCGCCUGCAGACAGAACUGGACAUGGUGAAGAUCAGCAAGGAUCCCAGCAAGAUACCCAGCUGGCUGAAAAUCAAUAAGAUCUACUAUCCUGACUUCAUCGUCCCAGACCCAAAGAAAGCUGCCGUGUGGGAGAUCACAGGGGCUGAAUUCUCAAAAUCUGAGGCUCACACAGCCGAUGGGAUCUCCAUCCGAUUCCCUCGCUGCACCCAGAUCCGUGACGAUAAGGACUGGAAGUCGGCCACUGACCUUCCCCAACUCAAGGAACUGUACCAGCUGUCCAAGGAGCGGGCGGCCUUCGCCAUAGUGGCCGGGGAUGAAGGGAGCUCCACCACAGGGGGCAGCAGCGGAGAGAACGAGGGCACCUCGGGGCCAGCUGUGUCUCACAAGGCCCCGAGCGCCUCCCCCAAGCAGCCCUCUGCCAGUGCCAAGGGGGCAGGAGAGAAGCUGAGUAGCUCCAACAGCAAAGGCGGUAACAAGCCGGCUGCAAAGCCUCGCCUGGUGAGAGCGGGAGAGAAGCGGAAGGCUCCUGAUGAGACCCCUUGCCAAGCAAAGAGGCGGCCGGCCAGCGAGCAGAGAGGAAGGAGAGCUGUGCCAGCAGGCAGGAGGUGCUGCUGGACAUCUUCACUGGGGUGCGGCUCUACCUGCCGCCCUCCACACCAGACUUCAGCCGUCUCAGACGCUACUUUGUGGCAUUCGAUGGGGACCUGGUGCAGGAAUUUGAUGUGGCCUCAGCCACACACGUGCUGGGUAGCAGGGACAAGAACCCUGAGGCCCAGCAGGUCUCCCCAGAAUGGAUUUGGGCAUGUAUCCGGAAACGGAGACUGGUAGCUCCCUGCUAGGACUGCUGCCUGCCCUUGCCCUUGGGCUGUACUCUCCCCAUCGAUCUACUCCUGGACUGGGCUCUGGCUGGGCAGGCAGGCACGGGAAAGAACGUGGAGGGGAUGGGCUUUCUUCUCCAAGCUGUGCAUCCCACCAACUAUGCAUGGUCUCUUCCAGACUGGAGUUAGUUGCUGUGGGUACCCCAAAUGAAGUCCGUUUCUCCUGCUGGUUUACAUAGGUCUUUCAGAUCUGGGUGCUGGUUUUGACCUCUUUUCUUCUUUAAAAAGAAGCUUUAAAAAAACAAACAAAAAAACCCCACACAAACAAAAAACAGGAACCAUCUUGGAGUUAUCUGUGUCCUUCCCUCCAUGCCCCCUAUAAUUCUGGAGAUUAAGGAAUGAAGGGAAGGCUGGCUGUUGAAGCUGUCCACAGAGGCAGUCCUGGUGGCAGUCUGUCUUCUCUCCCUGGCCUGCCCCUUCUACUUCCAGGCUCGUUUUAAAGUUGUAUUUAAAAGACUGUCCUCAGAAAUACUUAUAUUUGGCAAAACUUGUAUUCAACCUGGCCAUUUUUUUUUUUUGCCAGGAAUGAAGUCUCAUUUGAAAGAAAA